AGCUUGGAAAACAUAUGUUCAUAGUUUCAUAUCUCUGGAAUUUAUUAAAAAAUGUACACAGAAUAAUUAUUUGUCGAAGAUAAUUUUUAGUCAAUAGUUAUUUUUCAUAUUCUUUGAAAUACACUAUUAUACUACGCCGACGUAUAGUGAUUCCUAUCAACAUAUAAAUUUUUGCAAAUUGAGUAAACAGGGCAGAAAAUAACACGGUGGCUUUUGAUGAAGCUGUAAACUGUUACUUAUUAUGCGCCAUUGAAAAUUGAAUGACGUAUAUUUCCGUGAACUAGUAGUUUGUCGUUUGUGAAUGAAAUUUACUUAUAUUUUUGUAUCAUCCUGAGAGUAUUGACGCUUUAAAGGAUAAUCAUAUUUAUAAGAUAAAAAAGGUGAUAAACAGCUAAUACUCUUAUAAUAAUGACUGAAGCUUUGGAGUCACACAGCAAAGAGACAAGUAUUACUGCGUUAAGUGAGCAAGAGCGUGAUCUAGCUCAAAAUGCUCUCAUAGAAUUCCAAAAGGGUACAUAUUCUGUGUGUUUAUCCUAUUUAAAUAAGCUAGAGACAUUGAGACCUAAAGACCUUAAAGUCAUGCACAAUAAGGUUGUCGCUGAGUAUUAUAAAAGUGAUCUAAAAAAAACAGAGUUAAUAAAAAAGAGUUUGAAGGCAAUAUGUGGUCAUAUGUCCAUACCAGAUUCAUCUGAGGCUAUGGAUGAUGUUGAAAAAUGUGUUAUGCGGUAUAAUGAAGCUGUCUUACUUUAUCAUACUAAACAGUAUAAUGCUGCUUUGCAAAUAAUGAAUAGAUUAUUCACUUUUAUUGAACCUAUGGAGGAGAGUUUGGCCCAUAAAGUCUGUUUGCUUUUAAUAGAAUUACAUAUAGUAACUGAUCAGCCGGAUGCUGCACUGUCUCUACUUAAUUAUAUUGAAAGUCAGUUUAUAUCAAUAGAUUCAUCCAAAAUAUCAGUGACAGAUAAAGAAGGUCCGAUAAAACCAAUAAAGGAACUGAAGGAACAAAAAAAAGGUAGCGCUGAUGCAGCAACGGAUGCUUUUAGAAUAAAAUUACUCAAGUUUAAGGCAAGAAUUUACCUCAUGAUGCAUCAGUUAAAAUUAUGUAAAAGGGAAUGGAAAACAUUAAUUUCUUUGGGGACACCUGUGAAUAUAUCCUCAAUAUUUCUAAAAGCCAAUCUCGAAUAUCUACGUGGAAACUCUAAGAAGGCUAUGAAGAUUAUGAAUUCAAUCACCACAGAAAAUCUGGAAUUUAAAACGUGUGGUGAAUCUGCAGCCGUUUUGUAUUAUAAUAAUAUAGCAUGUCUUUAUCACUCAAUGGGCAAGCCAAAUUUGGCAUGUUUCUACCUUCAAAAAGCAUUACAGGAAAAUAAGAAUGCCAUGGACAGUGUUCGAGUAAAAGAUAAUGAUCCCUUAUCCUGUCAACCUCUAUAUACUCUUGGUGGCAAUAGACAUUACGAAUUAAUGUACAGUUUAGGUGUAUCCUUAUUACACGCUGGUCAGGCUGGAAAAGCCUUUGAUUGUUUCACAGAAGCUGCACAAGGAUUGCACAAUAGCCCAAAGCUUUGGUUGCGCAUGGCAGAAUGUUGCAUUCACUUUCACAAAUCCACUAAUGAAAUAGAUUUUAAUAUCCCAAAACGUCGCAAGGACCUCGUCCAGAAAGUCCUGGGUACUGGACUGUAUAGAAAAAUAAUAUUGGCAUCUUCUCUUUCAAAAGAUACAAAAUAUGAUACAGAGGGUCUCUCCUAUGCCAUACCUCAACCAACCCUAGAAUUUGGCAUGCUGUGUUUAAAGAAUGCAUUAUUCUUACUGCCAGUUAAUAACGAAUUGAAUUUGCCUAUGACUCCUGUAGCAGGACCUCAAACUGUCUCCAUGUCCUUAACUCCUGGCCAUGCAUUAGGAGGACAGCAUGCGACUCAAGUAUCUCAAGCAACUGCGGUCGAGGCCAUAAAUUUAAAAGCCAGCGUUCUGGCCGCUAGCGCUUAUGUGUCCUUAUGUCUUGGAGACUAUGUUAUAGCUUUGGAGCAUGCUAGAGCUUUACUAAAUAUGAAUAAGCUAUCUGGAGCAUACAGACUAUUAGGGAAUUUAUAUGCUGCUGAGAGUUUGAUUUUUAUGGAUAAGAUUAACGAGGCUAUCGAGUAUCUCAAACCAGAAAAUAUUCAGGAUUUGAGUACCUAUUUACCCAUUUUGGAAACUUUGGACAAGGAUAAGGAAAAAACAGAAGAGACUAUUGUGACACCAAUAGGCUGCAAAGCUUACUAUCCAACUAGCCUUCCCACUGGUAAGGCUGUACUCUGUUACAACCUGGCAGUGGCCUAUGCUAUUCGUGGUGAGCUGGAUAAGUCUGGAGAAACGUUGAAACAAGUGUGGAUGUCGAAAGGGCCUGACUGUGAUAUUCCUAUACAAGUAAUAAUGCUAGCAUUGUAUAUAGAGCUACAGCUGGUGCAUUUGUUUAAGGUCAUGCCGAUGUUUCGAGGUCGAUAAUAAAGCAACACUGUCCACAAUAUCGAUGAGACCGAUUAUUCUCAAGAAAUCAAGUUCAGCUUAACCAUUAUUGUAUAUACCAUAAUGACAAGCUUAAGGAAGUAAUUGUAAUUGUACUGAUUAAAUAAGAAAGCCGCAAGGAUUCAAUUUUACUAACAUGAAUUUCCUAUUAAAAGCUUAAAGAAGUUUAAGGGAGAGUUAUAUUGGACUGAAUAAAUCAUUAAUCUUAAAAGGAUGGAAAAAAGAAUAACAUUGAUAUGAAAAUUCUAAAAUAAUAAACAACGAAUGGCAAGGUGUCUUAAUAAUAGCA